AUGGUAGGUGUGCAUGGGCUUCCACCGAGCAGGACUCGCGCUGUCGGUCCCUCCAGAGGACCAAGGAGGACGCAACGGGCGCUCGAUCUUAGCAACCAGCUGACAGGAUUUGUUGUUGUUACGGGGAGGAGGACGCGCGGAGAGGGAUUAAAUCGUUAAAACCGGUAACCCCAAAGCCGGUGCCAUUUGUAUGGAUACACCAUGGCCACGUUUGAGUGCAGGGUUCAGUUUUUAGAUGACACCGAUCCUUUUAACAGUACAAAUUUCCCCGAGCCCACGAGACCGCCGCAUUACACGUUCCGGGAGGAUAUCCCGCUAAUCAAUCAAGUCGCCGGGGUGCACCGACUCCUCCAUGCGCCGCACAAGAUAGAUGACUGUGUAUUGCAGGUGUCCCAUAAUGGUUCCUAUCUGGACAUGGAAAUGUCUUUGGCAGAGCAGAGAGACGAGCUGGAAGGAUUUCAGCAGGGCGACAGUGGAGGGAGGGGGAAGAAACACAGUAUUAUUCUGCGUUCUCAACUGAGUGUGCGUGUGCACGCAUGCAUCGAAAAGCUGUACAAUUGCAGUGGGAGAGAUCUGAGAAGGGCAUUGUUCUCACUCAAACAAAUUUUUCAGGAUGAUAAGGAUCUUGUGCAUGCAUUUGUGAUGGCAGAGGGACUCACCUGUUUAAUCAAGGUUGGAGCUGAGGCUGACCAGAACUACCAGAACUACAUCCUUCGCGCUCUGGGUCAGAUCAUGCUGUAUGUGGAUGGAAUGAAUGGGGUCAUCGCUCAUCCGGAGACCAUGCAGUGGCUCUACACUCUGAUUGGCUCAAAGUUUCGUCUAGUAGUGAAGACGUCUCUGAAACUGCUGCUGAUGUUUGUGGAAUAUUCAGAAUCAAAUGCCAGACUGCUCAUUCAAGCUAUCAGUGCUGUUGAUACAAAGAGAGGGCAGAAACAGUGGUCCAAUGCCAUGGAGAUUUUAGGUGAGAAAGAUGGAGUAGACACAGAGCUGCUGGUGUAUACCAUGACCCUCAUCAACAAGACACUGGCCUGUCUGCCUGAUCAGGACUCUUUCUAUGACCUGGUGGAUGUGCUGGAGGAACAGGGUAUGGAGACUGUGACCAACAGACACUUCACACGCAAAAGCACCGACCGAGACCUACUGGAACAGCUCAACAUCUAUGAGGCAUCUCUUCGUCAUAAGGAUGGUGAUGAUGACCAGGCCCUGCCCACUGGUGGUCGUGAACGUAGCAGGUCCAGUGUUGGUGGUACAGAGGGGUGUGGCCUGGAGAGACGUCGCAGUCCUAGGCACUCAUUGGGCAGCACAGGCCACUCCUCCCCUCACCAUCCACACCAACAGCCCUUAAGCAGACAGAGGAAGGAAAAUAUGAGUGAGAGCGGUGCGUCAGACCACCCCGGCAGGGAGGAGGAGGAGGAUGAGAGGAGUGCUCAGGUGACCAGGGGGUGCGCUGUUGAGCAGCCAUCUCUGCUGGUCUCUCUGAUGGCCCACCGCAAGUCUUGCAUCAGUGUCCCGCCCUCCUCCGAAGUGACUCCGCCCCUGCGUGGCUCUGCCCGCCCCCUCCAGUACCUCCCCUACCUCCCCCACUCCCCAUUUCACCUCUUCUCCUAUGACACAGAGGAGGAGGCGGGGCCUGACCAGAGGAGCAGCGCCAGCCAAGGAAAGUCAUUAUCUGCUCUUAAUUCUCCAUCUACACCUGUCUAUCCACAGACUGUUAGGCUUCCUCAGGGGGGACUACUCUCCUCUUCCUAUCGGCAGCAUCAGGAGUCUCUGGCGGCCGAGCGAGAAAGGAGGAGGAUUGAACGAGAGGAGCGACUGCAGAGGAUAGAGAGAGAGGAGAGGAAUCGCUACAGUCGGGACUUUGUUGUGAACAUGGAGGAGGCCAGACAGGCCCGAGAGGAGAGGUUUAAGGCUGCUGAGCGAUUGGCUGUGCAGGAGUAUGAGAGAGAACGUCUGCUCUCUCCUCCUCGUGGACUCACUCAGAGCUCUUCACAUGCCUGUCAAUCACCACAGAGUGACACGCCCUCUUAUAUGACCUCACAAAAGGACCAGGACACAUCUCUUACGUCAUACCCACCCUCCGAGCCAGAUCAUGAGCAUGAGCCGCACUAUUGCACCAGUCCAGAACCAGAACAGCAGGAAGAUGGACCUACAGAACCAGAGGAAGAACUGGACCAGGAAGCAGAGGAGGUCACCGCCGAGCAGGAAGGAGGCGAUGUUGAGCAACACGCUAUAGAGGAAGAGGAGGAGCUUGUAGAGGAAGAGGAGGAGCCAGAGCAGCAGGCUCUGGAGGGAGAGGCAGAUGAUAGCGGGAUCUUGAGUGACAAAGAACGACAGAAUGAAGACGUGAACGAGAAAGACACCUGUUCAGCCUCGAGCAUCUCCUCAUCCGGCAGUGCCCUGGAGAGGGACGAGAGGACACAUGGCCACAGUCCAGAGACAGGUGAAGGAGGACAGACAGGCCCGAGCGAGAAGUCAGACUGCGUGACUGAUCAAUGCAGCAACAUCCUCAACAACAAACUCUUCAUGUUGGACAUGCUCUACUCGCAGAGUAAGAAACACACCCAGGAGGAGGAGGAGCCAGCAGAGCUAGAGAAGGAAGGUGGGACUGGGGAGGGGCUAUCUGUGGUGGGUGUGUCUGAGCCAAAUGACGAGAGCGGCUGUAAGAAGGUAGAGGGUACCAUGGUGCGUGCUUUUGCUGAGCGCUUUGGAGACCUCGUCAGAGGCCUGAGCUCUCCACCAAUCGAAACACAAGAGCACCCUGAGAAGCAGCCGCACGCUGCCCCAGCCCCGCCUCCUCCCAAGACAGAGUCUGACUGCAUCUGGGAGCAGCUGAUGGGUCCUCGAGAGCUGCGCAUCAGGGACAUCGACUUCACUGAUUUAGGUGACGAGGACGAUAAAGAUAUCUUGGAUAUGGAAGGGUUAAUUGGAUCUGGGAACCAGCCCCCUCCCCCUCCUCCUCCUCCCCCUUGCCCCUUUAAUCUGCCCCCUCCCCCACCGCUGUUCGGUUGCCGCCCACCCACUCAGCCACCUGGAACCCAGAUGCCCCCACCCCCACCCAGCUUCUCCUGUCCCGCUCCCCCACCACCGCAGGUCCAGUCAGGCUCGCCCCCUCUGGGUCGGACGGAUCCUCCACUCUUCCAGAAAAGGAAGAAGACCAUCCGUCUGUUCUGGAGUGAGGUACGUCCCCAGCAGUGGCAGUAUCUGGGCCACCGGCGAGGACACCUGUCCGUCUGGGCCAAACUCGAGCCAGUCAAACUCGACACGGCCAAACUGGAGUACCUGUUUGAGAGCAAGUCCAAGGAGCUGCCAGUAACCAAGAAAGCUGCAGCAGAUGGAAAGAGGCAGGAGGUCAUUGUUCUGGACUCCAAACGCAGCAAUGCCAUCAACAUUGGCCUCACGGUGCUCCCGCCCCCCCGCACCAUCAAAACCGCUAUCCUCAACUUCGACGAGUAUGCACUAAACAAGGAGGGCAUUGAGAAACUCCUGACCAUGAUUCCUACAGAGGAGGAGAAACAGAAGAUCCAGGAGGCUCAGCUGGCCAAUCUGGACGUGCCGCUUGGCACCGCAGAGCAGUUCCUGCUAACGCUGUCCUCCAUCAAUGAACUCUCUGCUCGCUUACAGCUCUGGGCCUUCAAGAUGGACUACGAGGCCGCCGAGAAGGAAGUGGCAGAGCCUCUACAGGACCUGAAGGAAGGCAUGGAACAGUUGGAGAAGAAUAAGACUCUCCGCUAUAUACUUUCCACUCUUCUGUCUAUAGGCAACUUCCUGAAUGGAUCAAAUGCUAAAGGGUUUGACCUCAGUUACCUAGAGAAGGUUCCUGAGGUGAAGGACACAGUUCAUAAACAGUCCCUACUACAGCACACCUGCUCCAUAGUGCUGGAGAACUUCCCUGACAGCACUGACCUCUACUCAGAGAUAGGAGCAGUGACCCGGACAGCCAGGGUGGACUUUGACCAGCUGCAGGAGAACCUUACACAGAUGGAGAGACAUUGCAAAGCAUCAUGGGACCAUCUGAAGGUGAUCGCCAAACAUGAGAUGAAGCCAACGCUUAAACAGAAGAUGUCUGACUUCCUGAAGGACUGUGCUGAGAGGAUCAUCAUCCUUAAAAUAGUACACCGUCGACUACUCAACCGGUUCCAUGCAUUCCUGCUGUUCCUUGGCCACCCGGUGUACGGCGUGCGGGACGUGAGCGUCCACCGCUUCAGCAAGAUCAUUAGCGAGUUUGCUCUGGACUAUCGGACCACACGCGAGCGCAUCCUGCAGCAGGAGCAGAAACGCGCUGACCACCGCCAGAGGAGCAAGACCCGGGGCAAGUUGAUCAUGAAUGUCACCGCUGUGAGUGAUGAUGAAGACGACACUGAGUCGAGCCAGGUAGCUGGGAGCAGUGCUAGUGGCAGCAGCGCCCCUAUUGGAGGGCAGUGUGAAGUGCAGGGGCUGGGCCAUGUGGCUGAUGCAGCCUCGCAUGUGCACAUGAAGGCAGUUCUGAAAAGCAGCCUGCAGGGCGGCAGCACUGAGACGUGUGGAGUACCAGGUCUACGCACACGCACCCGCGCAAGAGCCAGCAGAGGUCGUACUGCCUGGGUGAGUGCAGUGGUUAACGAGGACUCUCAGGCAGAUGAGGCGGCUGAUGAUAUCAUGGAGCGACUCGUACGCUCUGCAACACAGGGCCCGCAGGAGCGCACGCAGCCCCGUGAACGCAGACGGUCCCGUGCCAACCGCAAAUCACUCAGAAGGACCCUGAAGAAUGGUUUAACGGCAGAGGAGAUCCAGGCUCUGGGUCUAGAGGCCACUGACAUGUCUGUGUGAGGAUUCACAUGGAUUAAUAUGUACUCCACACACACUCCUUUCACACUGUCAGCCACACACACACACCCCUGUCCUCACCCUGAACACACACUCUCAGCCCCCAACAGGCCCAUACACAAUCAGAUACACACCAGCCCUACAUACAUUUAUAUAUACAGCAGCCCCCCUCACACUCUGAUAUACAAACCAGAUGAACACACUUUCAUCAGCUCCACAUAUACUCUGUGAUACUCACCAGCUCCACACACGUCCACAGUGAUACUCUGUACCACAUCCACAGUGACUCUCUGGACCACAUCUAGUGACUCUGUACCACAUCCACAGUGACUCUGGACCACAUCCAGUGACUCUGUACCACAUCUACAGUGACUCUCUGGACCACAUCCACAGUGACUCUGUACCACAUCCACAGUGACUCUCUGGACCACAUCCAGUGACUCUGGACCACAUCCAGUGACUCUCUGGACCACAUCCACAGUGACUCUGUACCACAUCUACAGUGACUCUGUACCACAUCCACAGUGACUCUCUGGACCACAUCCAGUGACUCUGUACCACAUCCACAGUGACUCUGUACCACAUCCACAGUGACUCUCUGGACCACAUCCAGUGACUCUGUACCACAUCCACAGUGACUCUGUACCACAUCCAGUGACUCUGUACCACAUCCACAGUGACUCUCUGGACCACAUCCAGUGACUCUCUGUACCACAUCCAGUGACUCUGUACCACAUCCACAGUGACUCUUUACCACAUCCACAGUGACUCUCUGGACCACAUCCAGUGACUCUGUACCACAUCCACAGUGACUCUGUACCACAUCCAGUGACUCUCUGGACCACAUCCACAGUGACUCUCUGUACCACAUCCAGUGACUCUGUACCACAUCCACAGUGACUCUUUACCACAUCCACAGUGACUUUCUGUACCACAUCCACAGUGACUCUGUACCACAUCCACAGUGACUCUGUACCACAUCCACAGUGACUCUCUGUACCCUGAUGCAGAGGAUCUGAUGUCCUGCUGUCCUCACCCUCCACGUCUCUUGUGUUCCUCGCUGCUUCCGGUGUAAUGUAUUGAAGGAUGAGAGCUGUAUUGGCCCAGAGAGCCACUGGUCGCAGUUUUGUUCUGUUACUCUGAACCACCACUGUGGGACUGACCUAUGCACCUUACUGCCAAUCAGUAUGUGGGAUAUUUAUGGAUUUCUAUAUCUUUGUGAACUGUAGCAGUAUUUAUACAUUUUAGUAAAUAUUACACUUAAUGUGUAAGACUUUUAUAGGAUAGGCAUUUUGGAAAUAUGGAGAAAAUUUGAAAUUGUAUCAAUUCAGUGUUAUUUUAAUGCUAAAAGAAGUUUGUACACAAUGGCUAAAUGGUUUCUUGGUUCUGAAGUUUAUUUUAUGUGCUCAAGGUUUUGUCAUUUCUGCAGAAUGCUGUACUAUAUAUUGAGAGCAGGAUUUGAUUUUAAAUGUUUUAUUAAGAUCUUGAAUGGACACUAAAGUGUUGCUGUUCUCCCCCGUUAUCUACACUACAUAACGCUGUUCUCCCAUGUUACCCAGACUACAAAAUGAUGUUCUCCCCUGUUACCUAGACUACAUAACGCUGUUCUCUCCUGUUACCUAUAUAACAUAACACUGUUCUCUACUGUUACCUACAUUACAUAAUGCUGUUCUGUCCUGUUACCUAAAAUACAUAAUGCUGUUCUCUCCUGCUGAAUGAAUUACAGGGGUGAUUUUAUAUUCUACAGUCUGUAUAAUCCAAAUGAGUGUUUUGGUUUUGGUUGUCAUUUGGACUCACGUAUUAGGUGAUGUUAAUCGCCUGCCUCUAUCAGCAAGGGCACCUGUGCAGAACCCACUCGGACCCAUGUAGAACCCACUCGGACCCAUGCAGAACCCACUCGGACCUGUGCAAAUACUUUUUUUGUUGUUUUUUUAUGCUUGUAUCAUGAAUUCUGGCAGCUGAAUCCGGCUUACCUGGUCACACUCUUUUACAUGAUGGUUUCCAGUUUUAAAUGGUCUGUACACACAGUUCAGCAAUAAAUAAUUUUUUGAAGCACA